AAAACUAAAAUAAGACAAUCCAGACUUUUUAAGUCCCUUUCGUUGGUAAACUGUAUACACUUUUUAAUAUCUUCAUCAAACCAGCUAACGUCUAAUGUCUUCAUCAUCUAAUGGAUAUCUCUUGGGGGUUUGGGAUUCUCCUGAAGACGAUAAACGCAACCGUGAAACGAUUAACCGCAAUUUCCCAAAGGUAUGCUCCGAUUCUGCAAUUUUUACUGAUUUUGGGAAGAAAAAUGAUGAUAACAUUAAAAUUGGUGGUGCGAAGAGAAAGAAGGGAAAUAAAUUAGAAAUUGAGUAUUCCGACAUUGUUUUAUCUGAAAAGGCGGAAACUGCAAAGGGUCAGUUUGAUGGGAUUGAGUCUAGUGGAGAUAGACAGGAUAGAAUUAUUGGUAUUGUUAACGAUUUUGAUGGCAAAUUAUGUAAAGUGAAGAAACAGAAGUUGAGCUACACAGAUACGCAAAUUUGUUCAAGUGUUUCUGGUGGUGAUGGUACUAAGCAUGUUUUUGUUGAAAAGAAGAGGGUCAGAAAUAGAGGAACCAAAAAGGCAGAAAAAAUCAUUGUUUCGCCGUAUUUUAUGAAAAAAUCUCUCGAGGAUGAGAGUAUUCUUAAGAGUAAGGAGAAAGGGAGGAGAAAGGAUGUAGAAAUAAAUAGCAAUCAACAUUUAAUCUCGAAUGUUUCGGAUUGUGAUGCCAAGAAGAGUAAACAGACGAAGAAGAAUAAGAAAUCUGAAAUUAAUGUUUCACCUUAUUUUAUAAAUAAAUGUAGCAAGGAUGAGAAUUUGGAAGUUGAACCUGGCACUGUUACAAGAGAAAUAGAUCAGUGUCCUAAAAGUAAGCGGAAAAAGAGGUCAGAAGAUGGAGUUAAGCAUUUGUCGUCAGAUGGUAGUGUCAAGAAGACAAAACACAAGAAGAAGGAAAAAGACGUAAUUACUCGUUCUCCUUAUUUUCUGAAGAAAUGCGUCGUCGAGGAUGAUAAUGGUCAUUCUCAAGUUGACGAGAAUUUGGGAAUUGAUCAUGCCAUUGUUAAAGGAGAUGGAUACAAGGAUUCUAGUAGCAAGCGACGGAAAAGAAGAAAAGAUGUAGAGAGCAAUUGCAAGGAAGGCUGUAGCGAUGAAAUUAAGCUUCCGUAUAGUGGUGGUGCUGGCAAGAAGAGAGAACGAAAGAAGCGAAAAGAAGAAACUAUCACUUCUCCUUAUUUUCUGAAGAAACGUGUCAAGGAUGAGACUAUAAAUUCUCAGUUUGACGGAAAUACUGAAACCGAAUCUGCAACAGUUUUGGAAGAAAGAGAUGAAAAAAAUAGCGACAAUUUGACAAGUAAGAGAAGAGAUGGAGAUGGUAACAAGAAAGAAAACUUGAUCGAUGAAGAUGUACAUUUUCCAAAUGGAAGCCUCAAAGAGAAGCAGCAGCCUUUGGCAAAUCAGGAUGGCAGUGGUGUAAAUAAGUUGCCUAAUUUAUCCUUAGAUGAUUUCUUCUCGCAAUUUGUAUAUAAAGGUGACAAAGAAUAUGGAAGAGAGAAUAUGGAAGGGGACGAGACGAAAAUUGUGAAAGAUGGCUUGUGUAAAGAUGAUGAUGUUGUUGUUGGAAGUCAAAGUGCACUUCGUAGUAGUUGUGAGAAUAUGAAAAAAGAUGGUGAGAAAAAAACGAGGACUGGUCGUAAAGGUGUUGGCCGAAAAAUCAGCAGUGUUGAGGAGAAUGACAAAACAAAAGGGGAAAUUGAAUCAAAGAAAUUCAAAGCAAAAAAAGUUUCUCCAUAUUUUAGCAGCACACAGCUCCAAAGGGAACAAAAUGGAGAUAUAGCAGUUCCGACCAACUCCGAAAGUCAACCUCCAAAGACGAGAAGGAAAAAAGCACGAACAGUUACUCUCACUGCUGAGCAGAAAAGAGACGAGGCUUAUGAAAAAAGAAGUACCGAUAACAAUUGGAUACCUCCUCGAUCACCUUUUAAUCUUCUCCAAGAAGAUCAUGCUUUUGAUCCUUGGAGGGUUUUGGUUAUAUGUAUGCUUCUUAACAUGACUACUGGUCUACAGGUUGGGAGAGUAUUAUCAAACUUUUUUGAACUAUGUCCAAAUGCAAAGACAGCUACAGAAGUUGCGUGUGAGGACAUUCAAGAAAUAAUACGCAGUUUAGGUUUGCAUCAGAAGAGAGCAAUGGGGAUUCAGCGUUUCUCCCAAGAAUAUCUUAAUGGCAUAUGGACUCAUGUAACCCAACUGCCCGGUAUUGGCAAGUAUGCAGCUGAUGCAUAUGCAAUAUUCUGUACCGGAAAAUGGGAACGUGUUAGACCAAUUGAUCAUAUGCUCGUAAAAUACUGGGAAUUCUUGUGUGAUAACUUUGGCGUAAAGUCUAUUCCUCAAGAUUUAUCAGAUGCCAAACUAUCUCUAUCUCUAACUUAACUGUCUUUUGUGGAUUUCCGUAAUUUUCGGAAUCCACAAACGGUGUCUCUUGUGGAAGUCCUCGGCUUUAAGAAUGACCUUCUUUCCAGUUUCCCAACAAGUUGCCCGUAAGUUUUCCAAGCCAAAAGUUAUUUGGGCUGCAAAGUGCCAAGAAAUUUUUGUUU